UGAGCCGGUUCCCAGUGGAUGUGAAGGCUGUAGGCUUGAUGCAAUGCAGAAAGCAAAAGAAGUAUAUGAUGUUCGUGUCCUGGUCAGAUCAAAACAACAUUCUCAUCUACCGGACACUGGAAGAAUUUAAGAGAUUCCAUAAAGAACUGAAGAGAAAAUUCCCCAUUGAGAGUGGAUCGCUCAGGAGAUCUGACCGGAUCAUACCCAGGUUUAAAGAUAUAAAUGGGAAACAGAGGAAGAGUGGGAAGAUAAGCAGGUCCCUGGAGCGACUGAAAUUGCUGGAAACUUACUCGCAGGAACUGCUGAAAGUGGAUGCUAAAAUCUCCCAGGGUGAAGAUGUGAUUCAGUUUUUCAAGGCACAAACUCAAGACCUCGAUCCCUGCUUUCCUGAAGACAGUGUUGUAAUCAUGCCAUCAGAAAUUGGAAGGGAAAAGAAGAAAGAGGUGCAGCAGCAGCAGCAGCAGCUUUCCAUUACGUACCCUCAGGUGUCUCAGAGCUACCGAUGCAUUGAAACCUUUGAAACCAAAGACACAAAGAACAAGACUUUCAACGUCGCUAAGAAGGAAAUUGUUGAAGUGUUACUGAAGGACAUGACUGGGUGGUGGCUUGUGGAAAAUGCAGACAAGCAGAUAGCCUGGUUCCCAGCCUCAUACCUGGAACAGAUCAGUGUUCAUAAGGAUAUCCAGAACAUCAGGAAUUCAGAUGAGGAGGGCAGCCUGUACUUUGUCAUGCGGGCCUACGAGUCACAGAAAGCAGACGAGCUCUCUCUGAACAAAGGCGUGGUGGUGGAGGUGGUCAGGAGAUCCGACAAUGGCUGGUGGCUCAUCCGUUACAACGGGCGCACAGGCUACAUGCCCUCCAUGUGCCUCCAGGCCUACAAGAACCCCCACCACAGGCUGCAGACCAUCAUGGGCAGUGGGCUCCACAUCUCCACACCCAACCUCUGCUCCUCCUUUCCGGCUCCCCAGCUCCUGCGAGACAGCACAGCAAGGGAUUGCACCUCAGGGGAUGGCAGUGAUGAAGCUGUGAGCUCCUUGAGGAACAGAUCACAAUCUCUGCCCAGGGUCAUUUCCACUCCAGAUCUGGAGUCUGACAGCUCCUCGCUCAGCUCAGGCAGUGAACCCAGCAGUGUGCUGAGCUGGAAGCCGGACUUGUCCAGGUCUCUGCCUGCAGUGGAGCAGGCAGCGAGCCCAGUCCUUGGACCCACCUCAGCCACACACAGCAGCAAAUCUCCACGCCUCACCCACAAGGACAGGAACGACUCAGGCUUUGUGGAGCCAUCUGCUGCUGACCUAAACUCCCUCGCUGACUCAGAGGUGCCCACAGGUGCCCCCAAGGUGCCCACGCGUCCCUCGGCCCAUGAGAUCCUCCAGAGAUGCAGCACAGUCACCAAGCGUGCCCUGCAGCAGUCAGCUGCCUGCCCACCCCUUCAUCCCCUGCCCAGCGCUCACUAGGGCCCCAUGCCUCACAUUGCAGGGACUGCUGCUUUCUGAGUUUGCAGACGUGGUUUUGCUGGGUUAAUGCUGUAGCAUGCACGCCAUGGCCAGGGAGCUUUAACCAGGGCACACGCUGUUACUGGCAGAGCUGCAGUAGGAUCCAGCAGCUUCUGUUUAACAUAGGUCACUUAGGGCUCAGUACCCUUCCUUAGACACAUACUUAUCCCACACCACCAUUUAUCAAAAUGUCUCAAUUUUCUUGCACGAAUCCUCACUCUGUGGCUACCUGACAGUGCUGGAGAACAGAGGAGUGAAACCCAUAGCUACAGACACGUGAACAGCAUUUACCUGAAUCCCUGGAAUAGAUCUAAGUUCUAUUUAAUUUUUUACUUUAAGGUUACAUGAACUCAGGUAGCAGAAAACUGACCAGGCAAAAGCAUGUGUGAAUUGGCUGGACUCUGAAUGGCUGAGGACAAAACACAUUGGUAGUACCUAGGAAUUUCAUCUCUUACCUUGCCUUAAUGGCAUUCUGCAGGCAUAGGGAUAAAAAGGGCUGUAGUACAGCUUGUGUGCUGGCUGGGUAGUGUGGGUAGUGUGAGCCAGAGCUCCCAGUGAUGAGCAAAACUUAAAGAGGGGGUUUGAUAGCAACUGAAAUUUACAGUACUUCCUAUACUAAAUUCAUCUGCUAAA